AUGAGAGCUGUUAUGGCAUUAACACUGAUAAUUUAUAACACGAGACUAUCCAGUCAUGAUGACGCACCCGGUCACGUGUCGACAUCAACAACUUCUUCCUUGUUCUUCUUCCUCUUCCUUCUCAUUCUAUGCCCGUCGUCUCUUUUCAUCUUUUUGAGGAUACUUCACACAAAAUCGUGCAAGGAGGAGGAUUUGUUGGAGGCAGCAGAAUCUGGCAACCUGACGAAAAUGAGGUGGCUACUGGACAGUUGCAAGCCAGGCGAGCUCAACAUCGAGUACACGGACCAACUCGGAAGGACUCCCCUACAUUUGGCGGUCGUCAACGAACAUAAGGAGGUCGUAAGGUUUCUCCUGGACCUGGUCAGCCAUCAUUGCCUCUACAAAGUCCUCCUGGCCGCCAUCAACAUCGGCAACGAAGAAAUUGCGGAGAUCAUCAUUGAACAUCCAAAGUACGCAAACAUCAGCAGUGACCUGAAAUCCCAAAAUAUCUCAAGCGACGUCAGGGGGUCUAGCACGAACAUCACUGAUGAUAAUCAAUUCUUUGAGGAGGAAACGAGUAGAGACGAGUUGAAGUUUGCAAGAUCGCGAUUGAACGCUUACCGCGGGAUGUCCAGCGAAGCAUACAUCUCCCUUUCCAGUGACGACCCCAUUCUCACUUCGUUCAAACUCAGGAAGGAAAUUCAACAGGCAGAAUAUUCCGCUCUGGCCAACCAGCUGAGUGAGUACGCAGUGAAGUUGCUGGACAAGGUGCACGGAAACGAGGAGUUGAACGCCAUCCUGAAUGCGAGGGAUGGUCAGCAGGAAGAUGGUGAUGAGACGUCCGGCGGAGAGCUAGCCAGGUUGCAGUUGGCUAUCAAAUACAAGGAGAAGAAGGUUCCUCUGUGUGUGAAUUGA